UAACAGCCUUUCACCUUUGCACCUGGUAACCUCUGACCUACAGGCGACCUGUAGUCCAAGAUGGCGUUUUUACAGUGGCGAAGAUUUAACUUCUUCGACAAGGAGGUGGUGAAGGACGAGGGAGGUCAGGUAUUCGACGGACUCAAGGGCAUUGACAUCUCUGUCUGCGCCAGCGGGCGGGGUCAGAUCGUCAUCGGAGAUUAUGAAGGGAACAUCCACUUCCUGAAUAGAAACCUGGAGCUGUCCACGUUCAAGGCUUACGAACUGCGUAUCACUCACCUGUGUCAGGUCAAACAGCAGGGCAUCCUGGUCACUGUCGGGGAUGAUGAGCCGGGCACAAACCCCAUCAUCAAAGUGUGGAACCUGGACAAGCGUGACAAGGCGGGAAACCCGACGUGUUCCCGCAUUGUCCGAGCCGUGCCGGGUAAGGAGGCCUCGCCUGUCUCAGCUCUUGCCGUGCACGAAAACCUCAACCUCAUGGCGAUUGGCUUCCAGGAUGGAACUGUUGUGGUGUAUCGCGGGGACGUUACGCGAGACAGACACAGCAAGUCCAGAGUGAUCCACCACACGGGGAGUUCAGUGACCGGUCUGGCCUUCCGACAGGCGGCCAAAGUGAACCACCUGUUCGUGGUGACCAGGGACAGCGUCCAGUCUUACAACCUGACUGCUAAGGACCACAAGGAGGAACUGGAUGCUUUCGGCUGUGAACCAAGAUGUUCAGUGCUGAGCGACGCAUCGCAAGACAACCAGUUUGUGAUUGGUCGGCCAGAUGCGGUGUACUUCUACCAGACAGACGGGCGCGGUCCGUGUCUCGUGUUUGAGGGCGAGAAGAAAACGCUACAGUGGUACCGAGGGUACCUGGUGGUGGUCGGCAAAGAAAAUAAGUCAAUGCCAAGACCCACACCGGGGGGCCAGUCGCGUGACAUGAGUAUCGUGAACGUGUACGACAUUCAGAACAAGUUCAUCGCUUACUCCGCGCCGCUUCCCGACGUCACGGACGUCAUCUGCGAAUGGGGAUCCCUGUACAUCCUAACAGGAGAGAAUCGUCUGAUGCAGCUGAUAGAAAAGGACAUCCAGACCAAGCUUGAGAUGCUCUUUAAGAAGAACCUGUACGUCUUAGCCAUUAACCUCGCCAAGUCGCAACACUUUGACCAAGACGGCCUCGUGGACAUCUUCACUCAGUACGGGGAUCAAAAGUACAGCAAGGGGGACUACGAUGGGGCUAUCAACCAGUAUGUCAAAACUAUAGGAAAACUAGAGCCAUCCUACGUGAUACGAAAGUUCCUGGAUGCACAGCGGAUCCAUAACCUGACAGCCUACCUCCAGUCUUUACACAAGGCACAGCUGGCCACAGAAGACCAUACCACGCUCUUACUCAACUGUUAUACAAAACUCAAGGAUACCAACAAACUAGACCAGUUCAUCUACUCAAAGGAUAAGGAGGUAGACUUUGACGUGGAGACGGCGAUCAAGGUGUGUCGUCAGGCAGGUUACUAUGACCACGCCCUGUCGCUGGCCGAGAGACACAGUCAGCACGAGUGGUACCUGAAAAUUCAGCUGGAGGACAUCAAGGACUACCAAAAGGCCCUGACAUACAUCUCCAAACUGGACUUCUAUGAAGCUGAGAGCAACAUGAAGAAAUACGGCAAGAUUCUCAUGUCAGAGGUGCCCCAGCAGACAACUGAGUUGCUGAAGAGGCUGUGUACAGACUACAGACCCAGUGACAUCCCACUAGCUGAUGAACAGACACUACAGGGGGUACAUCACACGGCGUCUGCAGCAAGAAAAUGAUCAGAUCCAAGAAGACGAGCGGCUGAUUCAGCAGUACAGACAGGAGACAGAGAAGAUGAGGAGUCAGAUACAGGAGCUCAAAACAAGUGCGAAGAUUUUCCAGGUGUCUAAGUGCAGCAUCUGUAACCAUCCACUGGAACUGCCUUCUGUGCACUUUCUGUGUCAGCACUCCUUCCACCAACAUUGUUUUGAAGGCUAUGCAGAAAACGAGACAGAAUGUCCUGUCUGUAUGCCAGAAAACAGAAAAAUCUUGGACAUCAUCCGAGCCCAGGAGCAACACAAAGAACUCCACGAACAGUUUCACCAUCAGCUGGAGAGAGCGUCUGAUGGGUUCUCAGUUGUUGCUGACUACUUCGGCAGAGGAGUGUUUAACAAGGUCACGCUGAUAACCGAUUCUCCCGCCGCGCCGCCACCCACCGGUGGAAACCCCUUCAUGGAGCCGCCUGACGUGAAACCUGCGUCCAAACCGGCACCAAAACCAGCCGCUGCCGCUGCUGCCAACCCAUUCCUCGACGAAGACGACGCCAACAAUCCCUUCCUAGAUGAACCAGAGAGCACCAAUCCUUUUGGCGACGAGUUCUAAACUUUUAUGAUGCAUCAGUACCUUCAUGGAACCUCCUGAAGUAAAACCAGCCUCGAAACUGGCCCCCAAACCGGCUGCCGCUGCCAACCCUUUCCUCGACAAAGACGACGCCAACAAUCCUUUCCUAGAUGAACCAGAGAGCACCAAUCCUUUUGGCGACGAAUUUUAAGUUUUUGUGAUGCAUCAGUAGCCUGGGUACCAUCCCCUUCUUAGGCUAACAUCACGUUUCCAAACAGCAGCUGUUUGUGGAA